AUGGCCUCUUUUCUUAAAGCCCGUUAUAAUAGCGGUCGCUCUGCAAAGGCUUCAUUUGGAGCGAUGGACUUCACCCCCCACGGUGUGAACAGUAGAGUGGACAGGACUUUUAUUUUGGUCUGCCGCUGUGGCGUCACAAGGCUGCGCCGCGCUCCUGCAUCUGUUGUGAUUCGACUGAGGAAAGGACAAAGUGUCCAAACACACAGAAAAACUCCUGCUGAAGCGACUGAGAGACGCACUAUUAUAAAGAUGGAGUUUAUUAAAGAGGAGAGUGAAGACCUGAAGAUUGAAGAAGCAUUCAGAGUCAAACAUGAAGAUACUGAGGAGCAAACAGACCUGAUGCCACUGAAAGAGGAGAAUCAAGAACUGAAUGACAUAGAGGAACAUCAUGAUUUCAUAGCUGGAAAAAAAUCCAAAAAGACUUCCUCAAGAAGGAGAGCCAAGAAAAAAUCUUACAUGUUUUGCAUCUGCCAUCAGUGUGGAAAGAGUUUCAGUCGAAAACACAACCUUGAAGACCACCUGAGAAUUCACUCGGGAGAGAAACCUUACACCUGUCAACAGUGUGGAAAGAGUUUCAGUCAAAAAGGGAACCUUAAAAGCCACAUAAUCAUUCACACUGGAGAGAAGCGUUUCGCCUGCCAACAGUGUGGAAACAGUUUCACUCAAAAGGUACACCUUAAAAAACACAUGACAAUUCACACGGGAGAAAAGCCAUUCACAUGUGAUCAGUGUGGAAAGAGUUUCACACAUAAAGACACCCUUGAUUCCCACAUGAGGAUUCACUCAAGAGAGGAUUGUUUAAUAUGUCAACAGUGUGGAAGACGUUUCGCUCAUAAAGUAAGCUUCAAGACUCACAUGAGAGUUCACACUGGAGAGGAGCCUUACGCAUGCUCUCAGUGUGGAAAGAGUUUCAGAUAUAAACCAUCCCUUGAUUCCCACAUGAGAGUUCACACAGGAGAAAACCCUCACACCUGCAAACUGUGUGGGAAGAGCUUUACACAGAAAGGAAAUCUUAAGACUCACAUGGACAUUCAUACUGGACAGAAGCCGUUCACCUGUGAUCAGUGUGGAAAAUGUUUCAGACGUAAAGUAACCCUUAAUGAACACAUGAAGAUUCACUUUAGAAGAUAACUGUUUUAAAUGUCACCAAAAAAUUUUUUAAUUUUCUGUUAAUUUACCAAACUUCAGGCCUUUUCAAAAUAUGUAAAUAUGUGAACUAGACUGCCACUUAGUUUUUAAAUGUUGCCUGUGAGCUAAACGAAGAAUGUAUGAACAAA